CCUAGCCUCCAUCUCCUUCAGUCGGUCGCCCCUCCCCAGCGCCCUUGGAGCCGACAUCCCCUCCCUCAUCCCUCCCCCAGCCGACUCUCUGCCUCUCCCAUGGCGUCCUCACCUCUGCUCCUGCCGGGUCGGCCAUGACAUGCCGCGGCCGCGUGGAACUGCGGCAGAUCGAGGACCGGGUGGGCUGGCAAGUGCGCUUCUCCAAGCGCUGCUCGGGGAUCUUCAAGAAGGCCUUCGAGUUCUCCCUGCUCUGCGACGUCGAGGUCGCCCUCAUCGUCUUCUCCCCCACCGGCAAGCUCUGCGAGCGCCACCACGCAUCUCUGGUGCUCGCUUCCCUUCCUAGGUCCCUUAUGUACCCGUCGAUAGUCUCCAGCUCACUCUGGCCAUGGGCGCCGUCGAGCCCAUCGUUCUCCUUGUCCAGUGCUCAUGCGACCUUGCCCGAACCGCGCUGCCGUCUCCCAACCGCUUGCCGUUGCCCCCUGCACGUGCUUGUCGCGCCAGUGAACCCUGCCUUGGUCAUCGUCAUCGAUAAUGCGCUUGCCGGUGGCCUAGCCCAACCGUCUCCUAGUUGCCGAGCUGCCAGCACGUUGCUAGCGUCCUCCCUUCAUCACGCCUAGGCGCCCAAUGCUCCUGCACUAGACAUCGAAUCCUCACGCGUCUUCAACACUGGUGUGUGUCGCUGUCUGUCCUCAGCUCUUGGCCAUGGCGCCCGCCCUGGACCUAGUUCCGGCCGAGCUCGACUUCAACUCGCGCCCGGCCCUAGCUUGGUCUCUAGCUCCCUCUUGUGCAUCUCCCGGCGUCGCUCACCCCUACGUGAGUCCCGCCGUCGAGCUUGUCAUCUGCCACAGCUCCACUGCGUCGUUGUCUCCAUGCCACGUCGCCAUAGAGCUCGGUUCGUCGCGCCUUUCCGGCUCCGCCUUGGCCUCUUGCGCGCUCUUUAGUUGGUGGCCACCGUCUCCACUGGAACAACACCGAUCCGCCCGCCUUGCCAUCAAUCUCGUCGGCGCUGGUCUCCCUGGUACUCGUCCCAUCGACGCCGGUCGCCCAGCUUAUCAUCCCCAUCUCCCUGCCAUGGUCGCGCCCAGGCUUUCCUUUGCCUCUCGUGCUCGGCUCCCAGGAGCGGGUCUCCUCACCGUGAACUCUGGUGCUGGUCGUCGUCGCGCCCGGGGUUUUGGUAUGUCUCCCUGCUCGUCGUCGAACCUAGGUUCCCUGCUCAGCCUUCACAGCUAGCGUGUCGCCUUUUCGUUUGUGGUCGAGCGUCUGCUCCAUCUCGGCGCCCUGCACUAGUGCUCGACAAAAAGCCCAAAUGAGUCAUCAUGCCAUCGUCUGCAUCGAAUGGAAAUUGUGGUGCCGACACGUCGACAUCGUCGUUCGUCGCCUCUCCGGGUCUCCAACAACAUCGCCUAUCCCUCUUUGGUGCUUGUCGUCGAUCCGUCGCCUUGCCUCGAUGCUGGCUCCUACAUGACGUCUCCAACUUGUGUUCACGCCAAAAAUCCGAGAAGAUUAGGCGUAGAAGGAAACAAAUCAGUACGCAACCGGAAAAUUCUCGAUGUGGAUGGAGAAGGCAGUGAAGUUCGCGUGGUGCUCACCACGUGCUUGAAGUAAUGGAGGAAUCGGAAACCAUGGUUGUGUUCAUGGCCUUCGAGACAGAUUAAAUUAUUGGCGAGCUAUCGUUGCUCUCGCUCUUCGUUUUAAUAUUUCUCAUCAGUUUGGUAUGCUUGCGCUGUCCAUGUGGGCUGGUGACGUACACGUAAAUCAUAGUGGUGUGAUUAGUGAAAGAAGCUAGCUAGUAAAGAUAGUGUGAUUUCGUGUGACGCUCAAUAGGUGUUCGCCGAUUUGGGGGAAACAGUGAACGUUGUCGCUUUUGUUAAUACCAAGUCGCACUGUGAUGCGGUAAGCUGAUGUAUUAUUACUGUUAGCUGAGUCAUUAGAUGGAUUGGCUACCUAGGUUGGUCGCGAUGAUUA